ACGUCUACCCCGCCACAGCAGCAUCUUUGCCCUCCUCUCCCGCGCCAGCACGCCGAUAUAUGGCCACGAGGCUGUGCCAUCCAUCUCCGUCUUCUCACUAGCUUUCGAAAGAUACCCGGAAAUAUGUCUGUUGACGCGGCGUAUGCGCUGGAAACGUUCCAGCAAGAUUUGGUGAACGUGCCGGAGGAAGUCGCGCACUACCUCGAGGAGAUGAAGUUCAAAGACGUGAAGCUCAACACGCUACGGCGACGGAUACAGCACUACGAUAACUCGAUCCAGAAGCAUAUUCGUCAGCAUGGAUCACUGAGCGAAAACCCUAAGGAGGCGAUCAACAACCCGAAGAUCGUGACCGACUACGAGCAGGCCAUCAAACUGCAGGAAGAAAAGUGCGAGCUGGCGCAUAAGCUCAAUGGUCUUGUUACCCGACAUCUAAAGCGUCUUGAUAGCGAAAUCAAGAAGCUGCAGAACGACGGCGCACUAGCUCCGAGCACGGAGCCGAUCGUGCUGCCAAACAUCCAGAGCCUGCAGCAGCAGCAAGCGGUCUCGAGCUCGUCGGCGGCGCAUCAUGCGCAGGCGCAGGCGCACGCCCACGCUCAAGCACAGCAUAUGGCAGCGCAACAGGCUGCUGCGAACCAGGCUGCUGCUGCGCACGCUGCGGCCACGCACGCAGGCUUUUUGAACGCGCAGAAGAGGGCGUCGCCGCAUGCGAUUCAGCAGAUGGCGGCGGCGCGGAGCGCGGCGAUGGGAGAUGCGGUGGGGGUGAAUGGCGCGGUUGGACCGGAUGGUGUGCGUGGGGUCUAUGGGCCUGGGAAAGGAAGCAUGAUGGGAGAUAAUGGGAUGAUGAGGCCGACUAAACGGCAUAAGAUUGCAUCCGUCCGAAGCACGCCCGGUCCUGGAAGUCCAAUGCCGAUGGGUGCAGGACACGUCGGCGGGAUGCCAGGCCGUGCUGUCGAUAGUACGGAUUAUUCGACGAUAGUAGUCGCAAGCGGCGACAAGCAGUCUGUUGCCGACAUCAUCGCGAACCAGAUCCGUAAUUCCGGGAUGCUGCCGCGCGGUAUGCCGAACGGGGUGAGCAACGGUGGUGACAAGGACAUGAAGAACAAGAAUGGCAUGCGGCAGCAGAUGAAGAACAAGCACUCACAAGAGCCCGAGGAAGAAGACGACGAGGAAAACAACGACAGCGCGCUGUACUGUUUCUGCCAGCAGGUGUCGUACGGCGACAUGGUCGCGUGCGAUAACGAGGACUGCCGGUAUGAGUGGUUCCAUUACGGGUGCGUGGGGCUCAAGAGUCCGCCGAGCGGGGUGUGGUAUUGUUCGCAGGAGUGUCAGGAGAAGACACAGAAUAAUAAGAGGAAUCGCAAGUGAGAGAGAUUCUCUCUUUGAAUUUUAUAACUGGGAAGGCGUCAUUGUGUUUAUUUGGUA